CAUUUGCAAGCCCAACAAAUUAGUCCUUAAUUCAUAUAAUCAAACACUUCAAAUUUACCCAAAUUAAAAAAUUAUAAGAAAAUCAGCUCCGACAUGGGUGUUCUUGGUGCCAUUGCAAGACAUUUGGAUGCACUCGUUGGACCAGGCGUGAUGCUUUUAUAUCCCCUUUACGCGUCGAUGAGGGCAAUUGAGAGCCCUUCAACCCUUGAUGAUCAACAAUGGCUGACUUAUUGGGUUCUCUACUCUUUCAUAACCCUUUUCGAGCUCUCUUGUUGGAAAGUUCUUCAAUGGCUUCCUUUCUGGCCAUACGUGAAGCUUCUAUUCUGCCUGUGGCUGGUGUUGCCAAUUUUCAAUGGAGCAGCUUACAUAUACGAGAAUUUCGUGAGGACUUAUGUGAAAGUUGGAAGGAAUAAUGUGGGCUCGAAUUAUCCAGAAGGUCAGAGGAAGGUUCUACAAAUGAUGAGCCUUGAUGCAAGAAAAUCUGUUGAGAGAUACAUUCAGAAAUAUGGCAACGAAGCAUUUGAAAGAGUCGUCAAGGCGGCAGAGAGAGAAGCAAGAAAACACUAAUGAUCACAAGUAACAUUCCUCGCAAUCUAAAGGAGAACAACAACAAAUUAAUAUUAGACUACAAAAGAAUAUGUGACAAUUGUGAAUUUUAUUUGGUCUUUAAGCUAGGUGAAGCUGUUCCUGCACUUAAUUACUUCAUCAUAUUAAUGAUUUAUCUUUUGUAACAUCUGUAAUACAUCGUUUAUUAACCGAUCGGGAACAUAUGAAUUGAAAUGGAAUGGGCUUACUUGUGGUAGAAUAUCCUUGGUGUAAUAAUAUUUGGUCUUAUAAUUA